CGAUGGCAUCAAUCGAACGCAAAGCCGCUUGGAAGAGAGAGAGAUAGAGGACAGAGAAAUGGCUCAGUGUAUUCGAACAUUAAACCCUUCCAAAAUCCUCAAAGUUGAACUCUCACCUAUCAAUCAGACUUUCCCUCCACUCUCAUCUUCGUGUAAAACCACACCAAAACGCAAGAAAUUCCCAACAAUUUCUGCAUCUAUUAUGUCGAGCCAACAACCACCAUUGUCUCUGGAGGCUUUAACCAGUAGUGAUCACCGGGACGAAGUCAUGGGUGCUAUUAGGAGCUCACUGUACAACUGUCUUUCCGAAACCAAUCUUCAUCUGACGGUCCCUGGUCUCAAAUCCAAAACAAGAGGCAAGGUCAGAGAUAUUUAUGAUGGGGGGGAUUAUCUUGUUCUGGUCACAACAGAUCGGCAGAGUGCAUUUGACAGAAUUCUUGCUUCUAUACCCUUCAAAGGGCAGGUUCUUAAUGAGACAAGUUUAUGGUGGUUUAAUAACACUCAACACAUAACUCCUAAUGCAAUAGUGUCGGCCCCAGAUAAGAAUGUUACGAUUGCAAAGAAAUGUUCGGUCUUUCCUGUUGAAUUUGUUGUUAGAGGAUAUGUGACUGGAAGUACUGAUACAUCACUGUGGACGGUCUACAAGAGUGGUGUCCGAAAUUAUUGUGGCAAUGUCCUCCCUAAUGGAUUGGUGAAAAACCAAAGGCUAUCAACAAAUAUACUUACGCCAACCACUAAAGCUGCAGAUCAUGAUGUUCCUGUAACUCCACAGGAGAUCAUUCAACGUGGGCUGAUGAGUCAAGCUGAUUAUGAUGAAGCAAGUAGGAAAGCAUUAAGCUUAUUUGCAUAUGGACAGCGUGUGGCGCUGGAACAUGGGCUGAUUUUGGUGGACACAAAAUAUGAAUUUGGAAAGGGAUGUGAUGGUACAGUGCUUUUGAUUGAUGAGGUGCAUACACCCGACUCAAGCAGAUAUUGGAUUGCUCAUUCUUAUGAGGAACGUUUUCAAAAUGGUUUGGAACCUGAAAAUGUGGAUAAGGAGUUUUUGAGGUUGUGGUUUAAAGAUCAUUGCAAUCCCUAUGAUGAUGAGGUACUGCCUGAUGCUCCUGAAGAACUUGUUUCCGAAUUGGCCUGGCGGUAUGUUUUUCAUGUCAUUUGCACUUUUUUGAACUCAUGUUUAAUUAAAUGAAUGCAUUCAUGGCCAAAAUCAUGUUGUUAACAUCAUUUUUGCUUUCUUCAGGCAUGAAAUAUUUGAUGAUAUUUGUGUUUUGAAUCAGAGUGAAGUUAGCUACACGAGACGUUUUGAAUUCUAUGCAUUCUACAAGGUUAUUUUUUAUCAAAUGAGAAGAGCUGAUACUGUUCUUUAUCGACAGAUACAUAUUCUUGUAUGAGACAAUAACGAAGUCAAAAUUUGAGAUACCAAUGACAAAGGAGCCCAUACAUGAGCGGAUAUCGAGAAACGUUUCGCAGGCUCUGUCAUCUCUUCAUUAGUUUCAUCACGUCUAAAUUAUUUGCGCUUCUUGUGUCCGGACAAUGAAGGACAUUAAAUCUCCAGAUUGCAUGGGGAUCUACUGAUUUUUUUAUGAGAUUUUUGUUUUCUCCAGGUUAUAUUAUAGGAUUUGAAAUAGGGUUGGUAACAAGCUGGUUUGUAUUAUUACUCGGACACCAUUGUAAAUGAUGAUGCAAAUAGUUAUUUUUGUAACUGGGUCUGGUGGAUGGUGACAUUAAAUGAA